CUGGGGAUUUGUUUGAAACUUUAUUUAGUGGUGGGGGGUUUUCGAAUUUUAUUCAUGCAUAGACAUGAGGACGUCAACUAUUUUUUACAAUGGAUAUUUCAAGCUCUUAAUCGCUAGCUUGUGGAGCAUGAUCUGUUUACUAUUCAAAAGGCACUUAAAGACAGCAUUGAAAUACCAGAGUGUAAAAUAUGAUAUUGUUCCUCUCUCUCCUCUGUCAAAGUACCGCUUAUGUACUUUAAGACGAAAAGUAAUGGUAUUGGAUUUAGAUGAAACACUAAUCCACUCGGUACAUGACGGAAUCCUACGACCAGCAGUUAGACCAGGAACGCCUCCAGAUUUUGUACUUAAAGUUUUCAUUGAUCAUCAUCCCGUCCGUUUUUCUGUUCACAAAAGACCGCAUGUUGAUUUCUUCCUAAAUGUGAUCAGUCAGUGGUAUGAACUUGUAAUAUAUACAGCCAGUCUUGAAAUUUAUGGCGCUGGAGUAACAGAGCUACUAGACAAUGGACGUCAUAUACUUCAACGACGGUUUUAUCGACAGCACUGUACAUACGACAAUGGUAGCUAUUCAAAAAAUCUUUCACUAAUUACUUCCGAUUUGGCUUCCAUAUUUAUACUGGAUAAUUCACCAGGCGCUUAUCGUUCUUAUCCGGAUAAUGCUAUUCCAAUUCGAUCAUGGUUUUCUGAUUCACGUGAUACAGCUCUUCUCUGCUUAUUACCAGUGUUAGAUGCUCUUAGAUUUGUUAGCGAUGUACGUUCAGUUCUGAGUCGUAAUUUACACAGGCCUCAAUCCAUGCUGCCUUAAUCCAAUAUUAUAAAACGUAUAUUAUGUCGGUGCCAGACAACCUUUGCAUAUAUUCUUUUUUUUGUGUAAUCAGAUUUUAUAGGUGUGUUGAUUAAUUACUAUUAAUUAAUUAAUGUGUUGUAUAUUCAAAUUCACUUUGGUUAUUUCACAAUUCGUCACUGUAUGUGAUGAUGAUGUUGAUGUUAGUCGUGUGCUGCUUUUGAUAAAAGUCUACUGUCGAUUGUACACUUGUAUUAUGUGUACAUGAUAGAUAUUCCCGUGUGUGUGUGUGUGUGUGUGUGUGUGUGUGUGUGUGUGUGUUUAAGUUGGAUUAAAUCUUCACUCCCCGUUUUGUUGAAUAGAUACUCUUGUAAAAUCCUUCCCUUUUACUGUUUCUCGUCUUUGGUGUCCAUUUUCUCUUCUUCUUCUUUACUGGAAUUCUUAUUCUUCACUUACUAUCUCUCUCUCUCUCUCUUUGGACAUAAUGUAAUUCUAGAUAAUCUAUUUUACGCAUAACUGUGGGAAAGAUCAGUUGAAUUGCCUCUAUUAAUUCCCUAAUCGUUUUACCUUAUGUGUAAUAUGAUUUUAUGCUACAGCUGAAGGUGAUGAUUCACACGUUAGCGUUUAUGUCAGGUAGGCAUUUUCCCUGUGUCUGAUAUUUUUGGCAAAAAAGGGUUUUUCUUGAUACCUUUCAUUUUCUUUCUUGUUUGCCUUUGUUAAUCUCCUCUUUGUCACCUUCCUUAUUAAUGUAAUGCUUAAUUGGCAUUAUUAUUAUUAUUAAUAAUAUUAAUAUUAUUAUUAAAAUAUCCGUCAGCUUUCAUGUAAAUAAAUAAGUAAUAAUGUUUC